UACAAUAGAUAAUUUUUUCUCAGCUGAUACAGCAAAUCAAAAUAAAAGAAAAACCGAUUGUGUUGAAAUUCUUUGCUAACAUUAUUUUUAAAAGGUAAAAAAAGUAUUUUUUGUGAAAAUGAGUACAACGGAGUUGUGGUUCGACGAUUCAUCGGACGAUGAAAGAUUAGUGGAACUAGCUAGAAGUAGAAAACAGUUGAGGGACGCAUCCAACCACCUAGAAAUGGCUUCCACUGAAUUUUUAAAGAACUUUAGAUUAUCUAAAGAGCCGUUUGUGAACCUACUGUCCAGUACAGAAAACCAGUUGCAGCAGUGCACCCGAGCCAAAUUGAUUCCAAAUAUUUUAAAGCUAGCCACAGUUCUGCGAGUUUGUGCUCAGGGAUCGUACCAAUUGAGUAUUGGUAAUGAAGGUAUGCUAGGACUUGCUCAACCCACUGUGUACGAUGAUGCUGAAGAUAUUGAAGUGGAGUCAAAUAACGGAGAAUUAGAAAACAUAAGAAAUGAAAUUUUGAGAAUAUUAUAGAAAAAUCUAAAAAGUAUUAAAUAGAAACCUUUACGCCACAGUUUCUGUUUUAUUUUUGUUAUAAAUUUUCUUUAUUCAAUUAUUCGUCAUUCGAAAAAAAUAUGAAAAUGUAUUUCUAUAAACAUCACAAAAAAACCAUUAUUAAGCUUAAUCCAUUUUGCUGCCGUUCUCACUGGUGGUCCCAAGCAAUUCAGCUCCGUUGUAAAUUCCUCCCAUUUUUUUGCUGCUUGAAGUUUGGUGCAAAUCCCUUUUGCGAAUUGUGGAUUCGCCUUUCUAAUUGUUGUUUGGUACUCACGACUUUCGCC